AUGAGUUACCAGAGCUUAGGGGAUACCAACUCAGGCGGCUACGGCCAGUACAACCCCUACGGAAGCGGGCAGCAAAGCAACCCUUAUGCAGCCCAGGAACAGCAGCAACAGAGCUAUGGCUAUGGCGGUGGUUAUGGCCAAGCAAGCGCCGCCGAGCAGGGCAAUGGAGGCUAUGAGAUGUCCAACAUCAACCAAGGCCCUUCCGGUGGCCCAACCGCCAUUCUGAACAAAUGCAAGGAGAUCAACGAGGGUAUUACGGAGUUGACCAAGAAGCGCGAGAACCAGCUCAUUUCCGCCCAGAAGGCCCUCCUGGACUCCAGCACCGGCAAGGAAGACCAGGCUUCGCGCCAGACACUUGACUACAUCGAGGACGAAAUCAAUACUGCGCUGCGCUACCUGCGCGAUCAGUUCAAGCGCGUCAAGGAAACCCCCGGAUCUGGCGACUCGCGCGUGCAGGGUCAGGUUGAGAACGUCAGCCGCAACCUGCGCCGUGAGAUUGAGCAGUACCAGCGGACACAGAGUGACUUCCAGAAGCGUCUGGAGGAGCAAGUGCGCCGCCGAUACGAGAUUGCCAACCCCGAGGCCACCCCCGAGGAAUUGGAGCAGGGUGUGCAGAACGUUCUGAUGGGACAGGAGCAGAGCUUUGUUGUCCCCGGCACUCGCACUCGUCAGGCCAACGACGCCCGUCAGGCUACCCUGCAGCGUUCCGCUGCUAUCCGCAAGAUCGAGCAGGAUUUGAUCGAACUCAGCCAUCUGUACAACGAGGUUGCUGAGCUGGUGCACCAGCAGGAGCCUGCAGUCCAGCAGAUCCAGCAGGGCGCCGAGGAGACACACCGCAAUGUCGAGCAAGCCAACACCAAGCUUGACAGCGCCAUUCAGAGCGCAAAGAACGCCCGGCGCUGGAAGUGGUACGCUUUGAUUAUCAUCAUUAUUAUUAUUGCUAUUGUCGUUGGUGUGGCCGUCGGUGUCACUCAGGCCAACAAGAGCUAA